AUGCGGGGAUCGGGGCAGCGCGGCGCGGGUCCGCCGGUCCCGGCGCUGACGGGGCUGUUCCGCAGGUGGUUGGGCAUCGCGGCCGCCGGCGGGCCGGAGAAGCCGGGCUGCGCCAGCCCUCCGCUGAGCCCCGGGCAGCAGGAGCUGUGCAGGCAGAAGCCGGAGCUGGUGCCCGCCAUCCGGGAGGGAGCGCGUCUCGGCCUCCAGGAGUGCCGCAGCCAGUUCCGACACGAGCGCUGGGACUGCCGCCCGCCGCCCGCCGCCCCGCGCCGCCCGCCCGCCGCCUUCGGGCAGCAGCUGAACAGCGGCACGAAGGAGUCCGCGUUUGUGUAUGCAGUGACGGCAGCAGGGCUGGUGCAUGCCGUGACCCGCUCCUGCAGCGCAGGAAACGUGACUGAGUGCUCCUGUGACACCAAGCUGCAGGGCGGGGGCUCGGCCAGCGAGGGCUGGCACUGGGGCGGCUGCUCCGACGACAUCCACUACGGGAUGUCCUUCAGCAGGAGCUUCCUGGAUGCGCCCAUCAGGAAUGCGUCAGGAAAAAGUGGCAACGGGCUUCUGGCGAUGAACCUGCACAACAACGAGGCUGGGAGGCAGGCUGUAGCAAAGCUGAUGUCAGUGGACUGCCGUUGUCACGGUGUUUCUGGGUCAUGCGCUGUGAAAACUUGCUGGAAAACCAUGUCCUCCUUUGAAAAGAUUGGCCGGUUUUUAAAGGAUAAGUAUGAAAACAGCAUACAGAUAUCAGACAAGCUGAAAAGAAAGUUACGCAGGAAAGAGAAGAGCCAGAGAAAAAUACCAAUCCAGAAAGAAGACCUGCUGUAUGUGAACAAAUCGCCCAAUUACUGCGUCGAAGAUCAGAAACUGGGCAUCCCUGGGACUCAGGGCAGGGAAUGCAAUCGCACGUCGGAUGGACCCGAUGGCUGCAACCUGCUGUGCUGCGGGCGCGGGUACAACACGCAUGUGGUCAGGCACGUGGAGAGGUGUGAGUGCAAGUUUAUCUGGUGCUGCUACGUGCGCUGCCGGCGGUGCGAGACCAUGACUGACGUACACACCUGCAAGUAGGGCUCAGCACAGAAACAGCCAAACCGCCCCACAGCGGGCUGUGCGCCAUGCAGACAGCAGUUACUGGAACAGGGACUAUGGGGGAUUCACCUCCAGGGCAUCGCCAAACAGGGCAUACUCCAAACAGUUGGUGUACAAAAGUCACGAGUGGAGAGCAGCCUGCACACAGGGACAGCCACAGCAACAGACUCCCAGUGGCACAUUUGAGCCAUCUCCAUUUUAGAGUUAAAAUCUCUUUGGCACUUGAAUAGCCACAACAUCUUGAAGAUAAAUGUGAUCAGUGGGUACAGUGCAGAGAACCCAAGAUCUUAUCAGCCAGAGGAUGAAGGGCUAGGAGGCUUGUAAGACACAUCAGAUGGAUCUGCUGUAUGAUUCAUUUCUACCAGUCUUACAAAAAAAAAAUACAGGAGUGCUGUAUGUUCUGCUCAUCCUGAAGCAUUUCCUUUGUGACCUUUUGAAAAGCUCUCUGUGUGAUGUGCAGAAGAGCUCCUGGUACCCAGAAACGUGUGUGCCUAUGGAGAUGUGGGAUAGGAGAGGACGGCCCAUUGGCCUGGAGCAAACUGUGCCCACAGCUGGGGUGGGUUGGAGCACAGUUCAGUGAAUGUGGUGAGCAUGGCGUGCCAAACAGCAACCUCAGGGUCUUGUACAAGUUGUCUUUCAAAUGCACAAAGGCCAGGUCUGAGGAGGGACAGAAAUACAGCUUGGUAUUUGAGGGAAGUGCAGUCCCUCACUGGUAUCCUCCUCAGCACCCAAGAGCACAAUUUGCAACCCAUUAUCGCCCCAGUGUUGGACUGUGUGUCAACCUGCUGUCUUCAGCCAUCCUGCUGGGGCUCACCAACAUUUUCACAGCCAUGUGAGACUCAGCCCAAAUAAAUCUGUCAUAAAAUGAGAGAAUUUUAAUACUUCAAUCACAUUCUCUUACAGGAGCUACAAAUAGAACUUUUCAUUAGUAUCCCAAGUCAGUUCAGUGCACAAUAUCACUGAAGGAUUGGCUCACACCACUAAAAUAUUUCAACUGUUAUCAAUAAUGUUUUCUCCCCUCCACGUGUUAGUUUAAUUCUAUUUUACAUCUGAAAAAGGUUGUUUAUUUAUAUGCAGUGGUACAAUUCCUGGGUUUAAAAAAGCAUCACGGGAAAGGAUUUCUGUUGUUUAAAUGUGCAAAGACCUAUUUUUGAUAAGAUGAGAAAGUUUAUAUUUUGUAAAUAUUUAAAUUAUGCAAGUUAUGUAAGAGGUUUCCAAAACGAAUGUGCUAAGAUUGCAGCCUUUGGCAUUUGCUGAUGUUUGUUACUAUUGCAGCAGCCUGUAACUGAUUUUUAUUUGCAUGUGCAGGGGAAACUUAUUCAGAGGAUUACUGAGAUGUUCUUCUUUUUUACAAUCAGGUCAGUUAUAACUGACCUGACACAGUGGUGACACUGGUGACACAGAGACGAGAAGCACUUAUUUGGCUGUUCUAAACGACCAUUAAUUACUAUCCUGUAGAGUUUUUCUGUUCUUUUCAACCCAUUUUGCAUACAGUGAAAUUGGGCUCCAGUGAUAAGUGGUGGGACUCCCACUGACAACAGGAGGACUGCUGAGGGGCUGCAGUCCCUUAACUCAUUCCACACGGGCAGGCAGUUGUUAGAAAUAUAUCUGCUGAGACACUUUGGUUGAGGCUUUCAAAGCUGUCAUUUAUUUUCUCGUGAAAGAUAGUGACCAGGUUCCCCAUCACUGUCUAUUGGAUGUGUAGGUCAGGAGGAAGGAAACAAAACCUGUGUUGUGUUACAUUGUUGCCUUGUGUAGAGUAUCAGGAAGAGAAGUACUUUAUGUACUGGUUCUUCGGGGACUGACCUCCACUUUCGGCCAAUCUCACUGCAUUGACCUAGCUAGAUAAAGAGGAGGAAAUAGUGCAGGGCUCCUGGACACAAGGUCAGCUUCAGGGAUUUGCCAAGGAGAAAAGAUCUCAAAGGGCUGUUUCUGUGGAUUGGAGCAGGAGGGGCAUGCACAUCAGUAUCUCACUGAGGAGUGGGGCAGUUGUGAGAGGGCCAACACAUUCAGGGUGUCAGUGCCUGUUUGGGUAGCUCCUAUUGGAGGCUGCAGAGCAGUCACCUAGAUCUAAAAGGCAAAAUAAAAAUGUUUUUUUGUUGAU